AUGCAUGCCUUCUUAACUACUGAAAUCUAUAUUUACACUAAUCUAUUUUACGAGAGUAUUUUUUAUUUCUUUUCAGGUAAUGCAGAUGUUGCCUUGGUAAAUUUUUAUGCUGACUGGUGUCGGUUUAGUCAAAUGCUGCAUCCCAUCUUUGAAGAAGCUUCAAAUAUAAUCAGACAAGAGUUUCCUGAAAAAACUCAGGUGGUGUUUGCCAGGGUAGAUUGUGAUCAGUACUCUGAUAUUGCCCAGCGGUACAGAAUAAGCAAAUAUCCAACACUAAAGUUGUUCAGGAAUGGAAUGAUGAUGAAAAGAGAGUACAGAGGUCAGAGAUCAGCAUCCGCCUUAGCAGACUACAUCAGACAACAAAGACUUGAUCCUGUCCGAGAAGUGAAUGACUUGGAGGACCUUAAAGUUUUAGAUCGUAGCAAAAGAAACAUAAUUGGAUAUUUUGAACAGAGAGGUUCUGUUAACUACAGAACAUUUGAAAGGGUGUCAAACAUCCUACAUGAAGACUGCGUCUUCCUUGCUAGUUUUGGGAAUGUUUCAAGGCCAGAAAGGUAUGGUGGAGACAAUGUAAUCUACAGGCCACCAGGGGAGAAUGCCCCAGAUAUGGUAUAUUUGGGCUCCUUGACCAACUUUGACCUAACAUAUGCAUGGACCCAGGAUAAAUGUGUGCCUCUCGUUCGCGAAAUCACCUUUGAAAAUGGAGAGGAGUUAACAGAAGAAGGUCUUCCAUUCUUAAUACUUUUCCAUAUGAAAUAUGAUACAGAGAGUUUAGAAAGGUUUCAGCAGGAAGUUGCCCGACAGCUGAUCACUGAAAAAGGGACAAUCAACUUCUUACAUGCGGACUGUGAUAAGUUCAGGCACCCACUCCUUCAUAUACAGAAGACACCAGCGGACUGUCCUGUUAUUGCAAUAGACAGUUUUAGGCACAUGUACAUCUUUCCAGAUUUCAAGGACCUGGAAGUACCGGGUAAAUUGAAGCAGUUUGUAUUGGAUCUACACUCUGGUAAAUUACACAGGGAAUUCCAUCAUGGGCCAGAUCCCACUGAUUCACCUUCCGAACAGUCGAGUCAAGAAAUUGCCAGCAGCCCUCCAGAAAGCUCUUUCCAGAAACUUGCCCCUAGUGAACACAGAUAUACAAUUCUCAAGAGAGAUCGGGAUGAACUAUGAAAAUAAUACCUUUACAGGCCUUGGAACUUAACAACAGUCCUAUGUGUGGUGGAAAUAGCAAACUUAUAUUUUCAUAAUUCCUCAUGUAUUUUUAUUUUGGAUAAAAACCGAGAGAAAAUUUUGUUGUUCUUUUAUUUUGCUUACCACGCUUGUAAAUACAUUUGCCUGUAGUGGAUCAUCUUGUACUGUAGCUACGGAGAAGACCAGCCCCGAUCUUUAUUUUUCAGAUAAGGAACAAUGAUAUUCAACACUGAUCCUUGUUUGUUCCAUUUUACAGUUAUAUGAAGGUUGCUGUGUAUCUAAUACCUCGAGAGAGAGAUGUGUCGUUAACUUUGCACUACUCCAUUAAAUAGGACUGUGUGUCUAUUUUGUCUUCAUUCUCCUAGCAUGGGCUUUUUAUCUUUUUUUUCUGUGAAUAACUUUGCUGGUACUUAUUUCCCUGUAAGAACUGUUCAUUCUUAAAGGUUAUAUAAGGGAGUAGGGGGGGAAUAAAUUAAGGUUUUACAGA